CAAGAAUUUUUUUGUGUGCCGAGGUUGGCACUGAAAGUCCCGUCUGUUUGUCGGCUGUCUGAUCGUCUGAUCAAAACAUAGCGGCCCGUGACACUUUGGGCGACACUUACUGUAACAAUUGGGCCCAGAAAACCAUGAUCACCUGGAUUCUGGAGAUUGUACGAAAGCUUGGCAUUUUUUCGCCAUGGAUGCUCGUCCGAAUUAUGAACGCGCUCAUUUCCGGUGUUUCCCAUGUGGUAUUGUUGUUCGAGGAUUGAAACGCUUUGUUCGCCAUUGCACAAACGUGAUUCAUGUUGCACCAUAUCGCUGUGCCUACUGUAAUGCUGGCUCUACUCAGCACUUGAGGUCUCUUGUUCGUCAUUUGAAAAACCAUCAUCCUAAUGGUGAAAAUGGAUUGGACGGUGCUGGUAAUGUUGAUGAUGUUGAUAUGAAUGUUGAUCAAAAUGCUGAAGUUAAUUUGGAAAAUGAAAAUGAUGAUUUGGUAGAUGGCGGACAGCAUGAUGAUGCAGAAGUCAGUGAUCAUGAUGCUAAUGAAGAGGAGGGAGUUGAACUUCCUGGUCCUGAUGCCAUUCAAGAUCUCUGUCAGGCUGCUGCCCGUUGUACCUUGAACCUUCGUCAAGCAAGCGGUGUGACAACUAGUGCAGUUCAAAGAUUUCAAGUGGAGUGUAAUCAAAUGAUUCGGACUGUCACUGAUAACAAUUUGAUUAGAGUUAGAGAGUUCCUAACUGCAGAAGGAAUUGAUUCUCCGGCCUCCAGAGCUUUGCUUCAAGAGUUGCAGCUUGAAGACCCGUUUAGGCAUGUUCGAAGUUUGAAACAGCAACUCAACUACUUUGCAAGAGAGUUUGGCAUGGUGAAGCCUAAGACCUGUUUUAUUGGCUAUCGUCAAGACUAUUUCCUCAAUCCUGCUACCGGUCAAUACGAGCCUGUCCAGGUGCCAAUGAGUUUUGAAUAUAUUUCCAUAAUAGAAACAAUAACUUCAGCACUCUCCAAUCCUAAAAUACGGAACCUUAUAGAGAGUGAGACUCCCAGCGCUGAUGGAACCAUCAGAUCAUACUUAGAUGGAACAAGAUCCCAAAGCCGUGUUUUAUUGACUCGUUAUCCGAAGAUUAUCCGGCUUCAGUUGUAUUGGGAUGAUUUGGAAGUGGUAAACGCGUUAGGAUCAAAAACCACUAUCCACAAAUUGGCUGGGUUCUAUGUCUCCAUUCAAAAUCUACCAGCUAUUGAGAACUCCCAGCUUUCAUCUAUACUUUUGUUGGCUCUUGCUCAUUCAGAAGACCUCAAGGUGGAUAAUGGUUUUGACAGUGUUCUAGCUCCAUUUUUGGGGGAAUUGAGGAAACUUGAGAGUGAUCGUGGAGUAAAUAUUAUUGUCGAUGGUCAACCCUUUGUACUGAGAGCUACCUUGACUACAUUGGUGCCAGGUGUUUCUGUCGCAAGUGUCUCGUGA